AUGACAUUUUUCUCAACCACUUCAUCAAAUUCAUCUUUAGCCUCAGGAUUAUCAGAUACAAAUUUUAUUAAUUUAGAACAGACAGCGGCUACUGGCAGUAGUAGUAGUAGUACAACUAAUCGUUUUGGAUUUCCUGACGGAUUAAUGAAUCAUGAACAUACUGAUAAUGAUAGACAGCAUUUAAAUGUGGUCCGGACUAACAGUUCUCAUAGUUCUUCAAGAUUUAUGUAUAAUCCAUUAAAUGUUUACGAUGCCGGCGAGAAUUUACCACCAGUUGCAAAUUCUGAACAUUACAGACAAACGUAUAGUCCUAAUUUUAUACAAAAUACUAGUGAUUCUACUAGUAAUGAUUCUGGAGUAUCUCCAUACUGUUCAAUUGUAUCAUUCCAAAACAAUAUGAAUGGACAAAAUUUCUGUAUUGACUGUCGUUACAACCAUAUAAUGCUAAGUGGACAAAUGUGUUCAUGUAACUGUCAUAAUGAGUCAAAAGAAGUAACAACGACAUCAAUACUAAAUUUCAGUACCAAUAUGAGGAGUACUCAUUUUCUAAAUCGACCCUUAUCGUCUGAUAAUUAUCCGACACCAACUAAAUAUUCGUGGAAUAGCACCUCAUCAUUAUCAGAAUCAAUGACACAUCCAGUUCUCCCUCCACUUACAAACGCACUGACUGAACAGUGUAAUCAUAAUUCCGUUAAUAAUCAUAAUACAUUCCGCUAUUUCGGUGUAUCUUCUCCAAUUACAACCGAUAAUUCCCCGAGUGGAUACGAUUCAUCGAAUGAUUCACCUUCUCCAUCAGCGCUAGAUUUAACCGGUGAUGUAAGAACAGUAAAUUUCGUUUCUCACGAUCAACCUCCAUUAAGAACAUAA